AUGAGUCAACUUAAUGAAGAUUGUUUUUAUGAAAUCUUUAAAAAUUUAGAUGGUAAUUCCCUAUAUUCAUGUUUACUCGUUUCUCACUUGUGGUGUUCAAUUUCUGUAAGACUUUUGUGGAGGAAUAGAUUGGAUUAUAAAACAUUACUAUCUUGUCUUCCAAAUGAAUCAAUGGAUAUUUUGCGUGCUAAUAAUAUUUUAGUCCCAACUUUAAUAACUCCCUUCAUUAAUUAUGCAUCAUUCUGCAAAAAAUUCUUACUUGAUGAAUUUUUCCAUUCUGGUAUUAAAAAAAUUUUUAAUAAUGAAUUGAAUGAUGAAAAGUUACGUAUUGUAUCAAAUGAGAUAUUAAAAUUACUUGUGAACCAAGCAUCCUUAAAAGAAUUAUAUGUAUACGAUAUAAGAUACUCCAGUUACUUGGAUUCAUUAGUUAGGGUAAACACUUUCUUACAAGUCCUUGAAGAAUUUUAUUGCCAUUCAGGUCUUCCUUCAUAUUUCUAUAACCAACUAUCAUGUCGCAAAAUACGAGUUUUGGAUGUGAUAUUAGAUGUUUCUACUUCAGAUAGCCUGGCUGACUUUAUUUCUGCUCAAAAGAAUUUGGAAAAACUAAAUGUUUGGCAAUUCGAAAAAUUAGAAAAUGAAAACAGAAUUUUCAGUAGUAUUCCUCAUUCAAUUAUUAAUUUAACUAUUUCUGGAAUUAAUAUUGAUAAUUUGUAUUCACUUUUGAACAAUUUUAAUGAAUUGAAAAAACUUAAUUUAUCACUUAUGAGUGAAAGUAAUUAUAAUAAAUUUGAUGAUCUGAAUUUAUCAAAAUUAGAAGUAUUGAUAUUUAGUAAUGAUGUUAUUCAACCAACAAAUAAUACAUUAAUUAGAUUUUUAGAUACCCAUGGAACUAAUAUAAAAAUAUUUUCUAUUAAAAAUAGUGAUAAUUUAUUAAAUAAUUAUAUUGCUCGAUCAUGUCAAAAUAUUAAAGAAAUCUAUACCGGACUAGAUAGUCAUACUAAUCUAGAAAUAUUUGAAAUGUUUAUUAAAGAAUUACAAUAUUUGGAAAGUAUUAAAAUUAAUAUUUCUGGAAAUUCAAAUGAAAGAGAAAUAUUUGAAAUUAUCAAAGAUUGUUCACAAGAAAAUUUUUAUAAAAUUGAAUUGAAGUAUUUAGAUAAUGCAAUAUCAACAUUACUUCCAGCUGACUUAAGUACUUUCAUUUUAGGUUGGAAAGAAAGGAAAUCGCACAAACUUUCCAUUAUCUUUGAUAAUACAACUUUGAGUAGUGAAAAUAUGGAUGUACUUAAUGAAUAUACCAAUUUAGGCAUUAUUAAUUAUAUAGUAAAAAAACCAAGAUCUUUAUUAUAGUUAUUUAUUAGUCAUUGUAAUCCA